CUGGAUGUGCCAAAAAAAACUUUAGCUGCACGAUGCACAUGGUGGAGGCUCCUUUAGGAAAGUACCGUACUUUACCUUUCGGAGUGGGUGACCUCUUCCCUCCUACCCCGAGGCCCAAAGUUCUGACGUUCUCGGAUGCCACCUUAGCACCCGAUGUGGUCAUCCAAGGUAUCUUAUACGUUUCCCCACUGACCGUAUGUGGAGGAAAGAGACAAAGGCUGACAACAAAACUUCAUGCGCGCCCGAAAUGUAUAAAAGCUGCUUCCUCGUUUGCAUCCCAGCAACCUUCUCAAGGCCUCUCCCCAACCAACCUUCAACAUGAAGUUCUCCACCACCUUCUCCAUCCUCACGGCCUUCGCUUUCAGCGUUGCUGUCGACGCUCGCUCCGUCCCCGUCCGCCGUGCCGAGAGCUCCGACAUCACUCAGUUCCUCAAGACUCAGGUCCCCUUCGGAAAGGAGCGCAUCAUCGCUCACAUCAACCAGACCACCGGUGCCCUCGUCGCUGGUGCUGCUGCCCCACUUCCCAGAGACGAGUACCAAUACUACUGGGUCCGUGAUGGAGGUCUCAGCAUGGCCGCUCUCGCGGAUCUGUACGCCGCCACUGGCAAAACGGACGCCGAGAUCGCCUCCAACUUCGACCUCUUCUUCAAGUGGACUCAACUCACCCAGAAGAACGCUCGCACCAGCACUCCUGGCUGGUUCACCGAGAAACAAGCAUGGACAAAGUACGAUCUCGACGGUGUUCCAUACGCGCAAUGGAUGAGCCCCCAGUACGACGGUCCCGCCCUUCGUGCGAUCGCUUUCAUGAAGUUCGCCGCUGCCACCAACAGCUUCGCCAAGUACUACAGCCCCAACGACCCUAACUCCGUUCUCAAGACCGACCUGGACUCCGUCGUCCGCAGCUGGAGCUUGGCUGACGGUUACGAGCCUUGGGAGGAGGUCAUUGGACAGCACUUCUUCCAGAACGUUGCCCAGUAUCGUGCACUGACUGAUGGUGCCGCCGUUGUCGAGAAACUCGGUGGAGCUGCUGAUGCCACUAUUUACCGCAACACCGCCGCCAGCAUCCUGAACUCUCUCGGCAAGUACUGGGACGGUAACCACAUCCACGCUACCCUCAACGGCGCCCGCAACGGUGGCGACAACGAAGGUGCCGGCGCAAAGGUUAACGCGGGUCACUUCUUGGACAUCUCCUCCAUACUGGCCGUCAUCCACGGUUCCGACGACAAGGUGUUCCCCGCCACUAACGAGCAGGUCCAAGCUACUUUCUACCAGAUCGUCCAGGCUUUCACUCAGGGAUUGUACAAGCCCCCCCGGAGCCUGUCCGACUGGUCGUUGAACCAGAAAGAGACCACUUUCAACGGUCUCCCCAUGAACCCUGCCGUCGGACGCUACCCCGAGGACAUCUAUGACGGUUACCCCUUUGGCUACACGUACAAGGAUAGCAAAGGUGCCGGUUUCUGGUUCCUCGCCACCAACGCUCUCGCCGAGACCCUGUACAAAGCUGUUGACCAGUACAGCCGCACCGGAAGCAUCGUUAUCAACGACGUCAACGCCGGAUUCUGGAGCUUCAUCGGUGUCAACACCAAGCAGACCAUCCCCAAGUCCAGCCCUCUCUUCGCGCAGACCCUGGGUCUUCUCCUCGAUCACGGUGAUCGUUUCAUCCGUCGUACCAGCAAGUACGUCACCAAGGAAGGUUAUGCGUCCGAGCAGUUCCAGUUCGCUACCGGUGCCCAGCAGGGAACCAACGAUCUCGCCUGGUCUUACGCGUCCUUCAUCUCCGCCUCGAUCGCUCGUGACCAGGCCAUCAAGGUCGCCGGCGGUGUCCCCAUUGUCGUCCCCACUGCCACCCCUACCCCCACCGCUCCCGCUACCUCCACCCGCGCUACCAGCACCGCCGCCGCUACCGGUCUCCCCGCUCUCGUCUGUCCCGUUGACGACGCCAAGAAGACCGACUGCGGUUUCGCCGGUAUCAACCAAUCCGGUUGCGAGGCCAAGGGAUGCUGCUGGAAGGCCGCCGCUCCCAACUCCGCCACCCCCUGGUGCUUCAACAAGGUCGCCGGCACUUUCCCCAGCGCCACCGUCGCCCCGACUGUCGCCCCCACCUCCACUGUGAAGUCCAUCCCCUCCGCCACCCCCACCAACGUCGACACCUGCGUUGUUGCUGACUCCGCCAAGAUCGACUGCGGUUACGCCGGCAUUGACCAGAACGGUUGCGCUGCCAAGGGAUGCUGCUGGAAGGCCGCUGCCCCCAACUCCGGCACUCCCUGGUGCUUCUACAAGAGCGCCCAGCUCCCCCCCGCCUCCGGCUGCCUCGUCGCCGCCCAUUAAGGCAGCAUCGUUUCUUCUUGGACGUUGAUAUCAAAGAAAUGACCAGGCCUUCCCGACGGAGGAAAUCCGUUGGCUUGUUUGCAGCAUGUUCAUUGCCUCGAAGGCAGCUCAGCUCAUAGAAUUUUGCACUAGACCCCACUAUUUUGGGACAAUCCUUUUUUUUGACACCCCUUCUGUAUUAAAUAGUUUGUACGGACGAAGAACGCCUUGAUGGC